AAGUAGCUCAGUAAUUAGCUCAUCUUUCUGUCUUUCUAUCAGUAUGCUUCUUGUCAGCACAUGAACUAGUUACUAUGUAACUAUAUUUGCUGUUACUAUUAUCAUUUGGCACUGUGGAAGGCUAUUUGGAUACCUGUAUCUCCGUUUACUUUAAAUUGAAGUCUGGACUUUCUUUUAAUGCUUUAGCUGCCUGUUACUGAUAUCUGACAUUGUCUUCAACAACGAAGUAGAUCAAGUCUACAGAUCUGUUUGGCCAUUAUGUUACCUGACAUCGUGCUAUUAGGAGCUGUGACUUUACUUGGAGUUCUGGAGCAAGCAUACUUUUCCCUGCAGGUGAUUGCAGCCAGGCGGAAGUACAGCGUCUCCCCUCCAAGCACUUCUGGGUCUCCGGAGUUUGAAAGAGUUUUCCGAGCUCAAGUUAACUGCACUGAAUAUUUUCCUUUAUUCCUUGCUGUUCUAUGGCUGUCGGGGCUCUUCUUCCAUCAAGGCACCGCUGCAGCAUGUGGACUUCUAUACCUGUUUGCUCGAUAUCAAUAUUUUAAGGGGUACAGUGCUUCUUCACAGGCCAGAUUGGCUCCAAUGUAUCUUAACGCUGGCAUUCUCUGGUUUAUGAUUGGCCUUUCGGCAGUUGGCAUUCUACAUGUUCUCUUUACCCAGUUCCUGGACCUGAAGAUCCUCUGACGUUACCCAGCUGAAGCUAAUGGGGAAAUUGAUGCAAAAAAUAAUACAUUAGCAGCACCAAUACUAUUGUAACGUAAUUAUGAAUUAAGAUGAAGUAAUAAAAGUGUUGAUUGGACUGUU